CCCUUUUCCUUAUUACUCUGUAGAUUUAUUUUUUACAGACUGUUAAAAACGGGACCACAUUCCCAGUACUAAAAGUUAUUUCAACAUCUAUUGUAACAAGGCCUGAAGCGUGGGGACCCGCGGGCCGAGCAGGAGCGUUCCCCUCGAGGAUGCUGCAGCGCGGUCUUCUUUCUUUCUCGAGCAGCCACGUCCCCGAUGUUCCAGGAGGAGCGGCACAGGUUCACUGGCUCAGAUGCGAUGUUCCAGGCUGUUUUUUGUCCCUUUCGUUUCUGUUCGGAUCCUUCAUUUGCGUGAAGGUUUAAGGCGCUCGAUUGGCCAUUACAGCUCUGUCCAGGCUGGCUCGUUUCGCUUGGGGGGCAGCACACUUUACUUAGGUGCAAUACGGUACAUUGAGUACAGUAUUUCUUAUAACUGCCCUUUGAACCCCUUUUACAAUAUAACAACCAAACUGACAAUGCUUAACAGGUACCAACUAUUUUACACCAGUUUCUAACCUAUUUUUGACACAGACCGACACACCUGCAGGUCGGUGCGAACGUGACCGCUGCGGCUGCGGCUGCAGGCACGGAGGGCACGCACCGCCAGCCGGCCCCGGCAAAGCGGCGUCUGCCCCGGGAGGGGCGCUCGGCCGGUGACCUGAUGCGUUUGGUUUGUGAGAGGGGAGAGCCCCUCCCGGGGCCGGUGCCGUUCCCGGUGCCGUUCCCGGUGCCGCCGCCGAGGGGCGCUGGCGGCUCGCCGCGGGGGUCACGUGACCGCAAUGGCGCAGCAGUUCUGGGUUCUGAGGUGCUGCUGCUGCCGCCGCUUCCAGGGGCAGCAGGUGGGGACGGGACGGGACGGGACGGGGGCAGUGGGUUCCGGGCCCUGACCGACCCCUCUGUGCCCUCCCAGGCCAAGCGCAGCCGGCGGUGGAGCUGCAGCGUGUGCGGCCAGCGGCAGGCCGUGCAGAAGGUUUAUGGGCAGGGCUCGGGGCUGGAGUGCAGGCGCCACGUGCAGAAGCUGAACUUGCUGCAGGGCGAAGCGGAGGAGGCGCUGGGUUGGACAUCCCGGUGUGUAGAAGACUCUGUAAAUGACAGCAAAAAUAGAGAAGCACAGCAUGAGGACAGUUCAGUCCAGCAGGAGGGAAGGACAGAAGGCAGUCGCUGGAGUAAAUAUCUGGAGCAGGAGAGUGAGGAUCAAGAAGAAGAGGAGGAGGCAGCUCUGGAAAGGCAACAGUUCUGUUCCCAGAGAAAGAGCACUGUGGGAGAACAAAGGAAACACCCAAAGCGCUUCCUCUCCAGUGCUGUUCCAGAGCAUGCAGAAGAAAGUGGAGCUUCUCAGCUUGUCUGUCAAGCCAAAAAAGUUAAAACCACUGAGUUCAAGAAAUGCUUUGUAGCAGUGCCUGAUGGACAUGAUGGAGAUGCUGGUUCUGGAGGCAGUGUGGUUCCUGCUGUCUGUGAGACUCUAGUCCCCGAGGAGAAUACACAGCCCCCACCUGCUUGUACCAAACCAUCCAAGUGGGGAAAAUUUCUCUCAUUACCUGACAGCUCUAGUGAAAAUGCUGCUGCAGUGACCAUGGCACUGCAGGAGGGCAGUGGGAGUGUGGGGCUGGACAGCACAGCUGCUGGUGGGGCCUGGAGGUGCUCAGAACAGGCUGGAAGAACUCUGCCUCAGGAUCCAGGGUUUGAAUUUAAAAAGUGUGUUGCUAGCACUGAGGAUCUGGCCUCAACACUGCCCAGCAGCAGGUGCCCAGUUGAGGAUGUGCUCAGAGAACCUCACAAGCAGGUGCUAAGGGUGGGAUCUGCAGCAGGAAGGUGCUGCCUGGAUACCACGGGGAGGGCAAACACCCUUGUUAACUCUUACCCUAGACCAAAGCUGAGCAACAUUUGUCAUGAGCAACUCUUCUGCACAGGUGAGGAGUUUGAUGAUGAUCUCUGAAGUUCAGGCAUCUUUGGCAUGUCUUUCUUGGCUCUAAUGCAUUUGAGAUUAUGUUUACUGAUACACUUUUGAACUAAUGGUGAUUUCACUCAAAGCCAUAGAGAACUGCACUAUUAAAGUUGUUUACUUGCUUGAUGGUUGUUUGGGGGGAAGGGAAGGAGGGAGAAGAGACUGUUGCUCUCAGGUUACAGGGUUGUCUAGCAACCUCAGCAGCUAGAAAUAGGAAUGGAAUUGGGUCAGCUUGGGGAAAGCUCCCAGGCUUUAAGGAUUCCUGGCCUGUACAAUUAAAUUCUGUGAUUGACUCCUCCU